GUCGACUUUUUUUCUUUAAGCCUGCCGGCUUGGAUGUUCACUCAAGCUAUCCAGAGCUUGCUUCCCGAUUUCCAUUGAGGAUUUCCCCUGGCUUUGAUUUUGUGGCUCCUGAACCCGAGAUCAAACCCAGUUCCUUGCCUGGUUUUUCAUUCCCUCCCGUCCCCCCAUGAUCCGUUUGGGGACUUUUACAUGAGCAUCGUUCCAUCGGCCCCUUCUGAACUUCCGCCUUUCUUCCCUUGGACUGUCGAAUUUGCUUCCAAGGGCUACCGGAUUCUUUCUCCUGGACAGCGAUUUUCUUUCUGUUCUUUGCUUUCUGUUUUGUUUUCUGUCUCCCGGAAACAAGCCUCAAAGGCGGAUCCCCUCGCGAGGUUUCGAAGAAGGAAGCCAUCCGACCGAUGUGCAUGCACCAAAGGAGUCGAUAUAGAAAGUAAUCAACCCAUACGCCACCGCAACUCCCCAACCCCACAGUUUUACUCAUGGCCAUCUAGUCUUGUGGUCAAAAUCCCAGGCAACAAGAUUCUGGUAGGUUAUACAUCGCCAGAGAACACACUUCCUGCCGUAGGACUGGGACGGAGCAAUAGCCUUUGCAUAGCUCUUAUCUACCUGACCAUCGGUGGUAACCUGUUGAAACAACUUGCAGCGGAAAUUUUCACAAAACGAUCACCAAGCUUGUUAUUGCUUCAAGAGUGUAUAUUUAUCGGAACAACAGCACGCUAGCUUGGGUACAGAGUUUGCUAUACACUUCCCGGAUCAAUGUCAGCCCUAGGCUGCUCAAGGAAACCGUCACCCGCUGACGAGACCACAAGCCUAGACUACACCGAAGCCUGGAAUUUUUGAAGACACACUCCAAUUGUCUAGUUCUGAAUAAUCCAGAGGAUAGGAACACCGUUCCUGGGAUAUCACCGACUUACCAAGU